AUGGUACUGCAGAACAGCGGGAAGUACAGAGCGGACAAGGAAUCCUCAGGUGCAAGAUCCGAUGACUCAUCAGAAGCUCGCCUCCAGAGGGCGAUCAUCAACGAUGAACUGGACGCACGGUUUGGGUUUGAUCGGUACAAGGACCCAGCCGAGAGAGUGGGAUGGCUCAUCAACAUGCACCCUGCAGACAUCUUGGACGAGAAUAAGAAACUGAUCAGUGCUGUGGAUUACUACUUUAUUCAAGACGAUGGGAGCAAAUUCAAGGUUUCCCUGCCGUUCAAGCCUUACUUCUACGUGGCCAGCAAGAAGGACACAGAGAGGGAGGUCUCCUCGUUCCUGUCCCGGAGAUUCACCGGGACCCUGGCCUCCAUAGAAACCGUCGCUAAGGAAGACCUGGACCUGCCUAAUCACUUGGUGGGUCUGAAACGCAAGUACCUGAAGUUGUCCUUUGACAGCACUCAGGAGCUGAUGAAAGUACGGCGGAGCUUGAUGCCCGCAAUCAAGAAGAACCAGGAGCGAGAAAAGUCCAGCGACUCCUACGCUUCCAUGCUGUCAAGUCACCUGAUGGGGGACGAAGAGGUCUCGGCAGGCCAUCAGAAGAAACUGUCCGAUCAGAUGGACAACCUGAUUGACAUCCGAGAAUACGACGUCCCCUACCACGUCCGAGUUGCCAUCGAUAAAAAGAUCCACGUGGGUCACUGGUACUCGGUUCAGGGGCGGGGAUCAAUGGCUCCCAUCAUCACACAGAGAGAUGAUCUUCUUGACAGACCUGACCCAGUGGUGUUGGCCUAUGACAUCGAGACCACCAAGCUUCCUCUGAAGUUUCCCGACUCGGAGAUUGACUCCAUCAUGAUGAUCUCAUACAUGAUUGACGGCCAGGGCUACCUCAUCACAAACCGCGAAAUCGUCUCGGAGGACGUGGAGGAUUUUGAGUACACUCCCAAGCCGGAGUACGAGGGUCCCUUCACAAUCUUCAACGAGCCCGACGAGCCCUGUCUCUUGCAACGCUUCAUGGAUCACAUACUGGAGGUCAAGCCUAACAUUAUGGUCACCUACAACGGAGACAACUUUGAUUGGCCUUUUGUGGAAGCUCGAUGUAAGGCGCACAACAUUGACAUGUUCCGAGAGAUCGGCUUCCAGAAGGACGCCCAGGGGGAGUACAAGUCCAGACACUGCAUUCACAUGGACGCCUACAGAUGGGUGAAGCGUGACAGCUACCUACCGGUCGGCAGCCAGAACCUGAAGGCGGCCACCAAGGCCAAGCUACGCUAUGAUCCGGUCGAAAUGGAUCCAGAGGAGAUGUGUCGCAUGGCGUCGGAGCAGCCGGGGGUCCUGGCCAACUAUUCGGUCUCUGACGCCGUCUCCACGUACUACUUGUACAUGAAGUACGUCCAUCCGUUCAUCUUUGCGCUGUGCACCAUCAUCCCGAUGGAACCGGAUGAGGUCCUGAGGAAAGGUUCAGGCACCCUGUGUGAGGCCCUGCUGAUGGUCCAAGCAUUCCACGCCAACAUCAUCUUCCCCAACAAGCAGGAGGCUGUCUACAACAAACUGACCAGCGACGGUCACGUCUUGGACAUGGAGACCUACGUGGGCGGGCACGUCGAGGCCUUGGAAUCGGGGGUUUUCAGGAGUGAUCUGCCCUGCCGAUUCCGAAUGGUGCCUGAGGCAUUUCAGACGUUGAUGGAAAAUGUUGAGCGGACCAUGCGUCACGCCAUCGAAGAAGAGGAGAAAGUCCCUCUGGAAACUGUCACCAACUUUGAUGAGGUAUGCACUGAUAUCAAGGAGAAGUUAGCAGCCCUACGAGACACCCCGGCCAGACUUGAGAACCCUAUCAUCUAUCACUUGGACGUCGGCGCUAUGUAUCCAAAUAUCAUUCUCACUAACAGACUGCAGCCUUCAGCCAUGGUGGAUGAAGUGACAUGUGCAGCCUGCGAUUUCAACAAGCCCGGCGCGCGCUGCCAACGCAAAAUGCCUUGGAUGUGGAGAGGAGAUUUCCUGCCAGCAUCCCGGGGGGAGUACCACCGCAUCAAGCAACAGCUGGAGAUGGAGAAGAUUCCGCCGGUCAACCCCGGGGAACCGACAAGGGUGUUCCAUGAAAUACCCCGCGAGGAACAGGCUGCCAUGGAGAAGAAACGUUUGUCAGAUUACUGCCGGAAGGCUUACAAGAAAACCAAAGUGACGCGGCAAGAGGAACGCACCACGACAAUUUGCCAGCGGGAGAAUUCCUUUUACGUGGAUACGGUCCGAGCCUUUCGCGACCGACGCUACGAGUUCAAGGGAUUACUCAAGGUGUGGAAGAGAAAAGUUGCAUCGGCCACAGAGAAGGGUGACGCCAGCGAGAUCAAGAGCGCCAAGAACAAGGAGAUCUUGUACGACUCACUGCAACUGGCUCACAAAUGCAUCCUGAAUUCAUUCUACGGAUACGUCAUGAGAAAGGGUGCUCGUUGGUACUCUAUGGAGAUGGCUGGUAUCGUGUGCUACACCGGUGCCAGCAUAAUUACAAGAGCCAGGGAAAUAGUGGAGCAGAUUGGGCGGCCGUUGGAGUUGGACACGGACGGAAUCUGGUGCGUUUUGCCUGCUAGCUUCCCAGAGAACUACACCGUCAAAACGACCAAUCCCAAGAAACCUAAAGUGACAAUCUCGUACCCGGGGGCAAUGCUGAACAUCAUGGUUAAGGAUUUCUACACUAAUGACCAGUAUCAGGAGCUGGUAGACCCGAGCAACUUGACGUAUGCCGAACGCAACGAGAACUCCAUCUUCUUUGAGGUCGAUGGUCCAUACCUGGCCAUGAUCCUACCAGCAUCCAAGGAGGAAGGCAAGAAACUGAAGAAGAGAUACGCCGUGUUCAACUUUGACGGCUCCCUGGCUGAGCUGAAGGGUUUUGAGGUGAAGCGUAACGGGGAGCUGCAGCUGAUAAAGAUCUUCCAGGCGUCGGUCUUUGAGGCCUUCCUGAAGGGGACCACGCUGGAGGAGUGCUACGCGGCGGUGGCCAAGAUUGCCGAUUACUGGCUGGAUGUGCUGUACAGUAAGGCUGCCAACUUGCCGGACUCGGAGCUGUUCUUCCUGAUCUCGGAGAAUCGUAGCAUGUCCAGGAAACUUGAGGAGUACGGCACGCAGAAAUCUACAUCCAUCCGCACAGCCAAGAGACUGGCUGAGUUCCUUGGGGACCAGAUGGUCAAGGACAAAGGCCUGGCGUGCAAGUUCAUCAUCUCCAAGAAGCCGGAGGGCGCCCCCGUGACGGAACGCGCCAUCCCGCUGGCCAUCUUCCAAUCAGAGCCCAGCGUUCUCAGACACUACCUGAAGAAGUGGCUGAAGGAUCCCGGCAGGACAAACUACGACAUCAGAGACAUUUUGGACUGGCAGUACUACAUUGAACGUCUGAGCAGCUGCAUCCAGAAGAUCAUUACCAUCCCAGCUGCACUACAGCAGGUGGCAAAUCCUGUACCGCGAGUCCGGCACCCUGACUGGCUCCAUAAGAAGCUACUGGAGAAGAAUGAUGUCUUCAAGCAGAAGAAGAUCAGCGAAAUGUUUGCUCCCCGACAACGUAACAAGCAUCAAGAGAACGCGGAGGACGACUCCCAACAAGGACCCGCCUCCCCAGGUGGUGUGCCUGACCUGGAAGACAUUGGCAGCAGCCAGGGCAGGCGACCCAACGGACUCAACAAGCCCCCGAUUGUCACCAAGCGCAAGCGGGCGCGGGUGGAGAGCGCGGAGGGGGAAGGAGGGGCGCGGAGUCGGGCAGCGAUGGAGGAAGAGGAGCUGGCCAAAUCCUGGCAGGAGGUGCUCGGCCCCGCCCCUCCUAUGGGAGAAAGCAAGGAGGAGCGAAGGGCAUGGCUGGCCUACCACAAGAAGAAAUGGGCGCACCAGGCCCGCCAGCGGGCCGAACGCAGCAAGCGCCGUCGGAUUGACGACAGCGAGUCCGCCCGGGGUGGUGCGAUCCGCGUGGGCCCCUCCAACAGUCUCGGGCAGUUUCUACGUCGCACUGCGCGAUCCCUGCUGGACAUGCCGUGGCAGAUCAUCCAGAUUGCCGAGACCGGCCACCCAGGCCUGUACAAGCUGUGGUCGUUGAUCGGUAGCGAUCUUCACUGUAUCAAGCUGCUGGUGCCCAGGGUGUUCUACGUCAACCAACGACACCCCAAGGAAACCAACGAAGGACCCAUGUGGAAGAAAGUCAACAGAGCCCUGCCACGUUCCAAUCCAUCACUGAAUCUGUACGAGUACGUGGUGCCUGAGGACAUCUUCCAAGAGCACUCAAACGAGCUCAAUGCAGACCUCUCGGCACCAGAGAUCGAGGGUGUCUACGAGACCCAAGUGCCACUGGAGUUCCGUGCCUUGGUCAAGCUGGGCUGCAUCUGCAUGGUGAACAAGGACAACGCAAGAUUCCUCGCUGGCAAGGAGUUGGAAACGUUUGACAUUGGUCAGCUCCAGUUCAAGACGUUGGCCCAGUUCUCCUAUCUACAGCCAGGGAGUCUACGCAGGAUAUAUCUCUACCAUAACGUUGUAGGGUCCAAGGCAAUGUUUGGCCUGUUCUUCUCAAAUUCACCCAAGGCCACGAUAUUUGCCGUUGAUACGGUCCGCACCAACCAGAUGCCUAACCUGACAUCCAUGUAUCAGACAGAACGACAAGCCAAAAUUGCUCGUGGGACGGAGGAGGAAUUCCUGCCCCCAGAAAUGCACAACUUUGAAGUGCAAGUGGAAAAAGACAUGACGAAGGUCUACCGAGCCAUCAAUCGUCUGCUGUCCUCGUACAAAGAUGAGAGGAAAGGACCAACGUUUAUCGCUGUUCAGUCCCCUAUGGACAACAUGGAGCUUGCCAGACACAUUCCGAUGCUGGACGAUUUCCCGAUGGUUCGUCUCCACGUCAACGACAGCGAGAAUCUCUACAGUGUGCUGGACUGGCAGAGGCAGGGUUCCAGACGGCUUCUUCAACACUAUCUCAAUGUGGACUAUCUGCUUUUGAGCUACCUCGAGCAGAGUCGCUAUUUCCAUGUCCCCGUCGGUAAUCUACCAGAGGACACUGGCAUCUUUGGCGCGGAUCUGUUCUACGCUAGACACCUGCAGAAGCACAGUCAUGUGAUGUGGGCGUCGCCCACGGAGCGGCCGGAUCUUGGAGGCAGGGAGGCCGACGAUAGCAGGCUGGUGACUGAGUUUGAGGAGAGUUCCAGCAUUGAAGUGAACCAGUCUGGCUGUUAUCAUACCAUCUGUGUGGAGCUUGAUAUGGCUAGCCUGGCAGUCAAUACACUACUGCAGUCUCAUCACAUCAAUGAGAUGGAGGGUAGUGCUGGCAGCAUUGCCUUUGACGCCACCCCACAGAUCUCCCUGGAAGACAUGGUGACUGGUAACGCCGGCGCAGCAACGUUGCUCUCAAGCUACGACGAGACUGCCCUGUGCUCGGUCGCAUUCAGAAUCAUGAAGAGCAUGGUGCAUGGAUGGCUGCGCGAUGUCACAACCUAUAGCAAUGUCUUUGCGGAUCAUCAGAUCGUGCACUUCUAUCGAUGGUUGCGUUCCCCCUCCGCCCUCCUAUACGACCCGGCCCUCCGCCGCACCCUCCACAACCUCAUGAAGAAGAUGUUCAUGCUUCUGAUCGCAGAGUUCAAGCGCCUGGGCGCGACCAUCGUCCACGCCAACUUCAACCGCGUCCUGGUCUGCACCAAGAAGCGUCGCGUGAUCGACGGCGUGGCCUACGUGGACUACAUCACCAACAGCAUCAAGUCGCGGGACCUGUUCCACGGGAUUGACCUGACCUACAAACAGUGCUGGGAACUCCUGAUGUGGCUUGAUCCCACAAACCAUGGUGGGGUCAAAGGUCAACUGCCCAAGUCCCUACUGAACCAAGAAGCCGGCGAGGAGUCACAUGACCUUGAGGAAGAGGAGGAGUCGGAGAGUUUGACGCCCAACGGCGAGGAUCAGGAGAAUGAGAUAGAGAUGAAUUGGAACGUUAUGAACUACCUCCCGACAGCAGCGGCCUGCCAGAACAACUUCAAUAUGAUAGUAGCAGGCUACAUCCUUGCCAUCUAUCGCAACGCCCAGGACGAGCAUCGCCGUAGCACGCCCGGCAACACGCCGAUCCGUCGCCGCGGCCAAACCCAAGAAUCACAGUUGGCCGCCGACGAAACCACGACGCCCCACACGGUGACCUACGCACAGGGAUUGAUCGAUGGAGAACUAUCCCAACGGCUGUUCGCAAUCACCCAGAAAAUUCAGAAGAAAGUGUCGGGGAAUAAGAGCUCAGGCCGCGAUGCUUCGUCCGAGUUCCCCCAACUCCCAGGCUCACAUCUGCCUCUCAAUAACCCAGCUCUGGAGUUUGUCAAAGCAGUCUGUAAGAUUCUAUCUUUAGACUCGGACGUCACCAACCAAGUGAACCGCCUGCAGCGUAACCUCUUCCGGCUGAUCGGCACGGGGGAAUUCUCAGACUCGGCCGUCUGGCGCGACCCCUGCUUGUCCUACGUCCUGCCGGAGGUCAUAUGUCGCGUCUGCAACCACUGCCGGGACCUGGACCUGUGUCGCGACCCGCUCCUUGUACAGGACGGAAACUCUGUAGCCCUAUGGCAGUGCAUACAGUGCAGUACAGAGUAUGACGUCGCCACCAUAGAGCAAUCAUUGAUUGAGGCAGUGCAGCGGUCUUCCAUGGCCUACACCCUACAGGAUGUGGUCUGUGCCAAAUGUCAACAGAUAAAGAUGCCCAACAUGUCAUCCUACUGCGAUUGUGCUGGAAACUUUGCCACCACAGUUACAAGCUCAAGUUUCUUGAACAAGAUGAAGACUUUCAGCAAUAUUGCACGACACUACAGAAUGACGUUGCUCCAGCACACAGUGGACUGGGUGCUACAGAUGAAUCAAACACAAAGCAGCUAAGCAGCUAAGCAGCUAAGCAGCUCAGGUCAAAGGUCACAUGAAACAGUUUGCUCAAGGAUCUCUGCUGAGGCUUUCUGCAGAUGUAUUUGAAAAAAGUUGAAUUUGUUUACCUUGUUUAUAUUGUAUAGUUGUGUAGAAUUCAAAAUAGAAAGACAAAAUGAAGGAGUGUUUGUUAAUAGAUGUAAAUUGAAAGAUGUCGCAACAUAAAUUCAAGCACUGAACUUUGAAAGAAAACUGUGGUUGCAAGUUUAUUUAAGACCUCUGGCUGUUUCCUCUGCUUAUUAUGUGCAGUGAUUGGGACAAGUACAUGGUGAGCCAGAAUGAUCUGGACCCAAAUUAAAGAAAAUAUUAAAAAUAUGUAGCAAUAAUUAAAACAAGAGCAAAUGAGAUAUGUUAUAGGUUGGUAUUUUAGACACAUUUGGUGAAAGUUUCAUGUAUAUCCAUUGUACCAUUUUAAAGAAAAGCGCUAGAAAAGAACACACUAAAAAACACUCUGACCACGGUUCCAUGGUUAACACAUUUAUUGAAAUCACGUACUGAUGUGAAGCAGUGUAAUAGCUACUAAAAUCCUAGUCAUGGUGACUGACUUGAAGGUGUUGAAACAUUUAAAAAAGGUAAAACCAAUUCCAUGUGCAGACUGCAGCCGCUUCAAUGAAAAUGGCAUAACUCCUCACCACAGCCACUAACUUGCUAAAUUAAAAUAUCCUGUGGAAGACAAGGUAACAACAAUUAAUAUGAAACACUCGUUUUUUCCUCACUAUGCUCUAUUUGCCACCAAAAAAAUUAUGAACUUGGGUCCAGAUCAUUCUGACUCACCCUGCAGAUCUAAGCCGACUUGUGGAAUGAGGGGUACCAGUUUGGGAUGCCAUUAACCAGAGAAUAUAGGAAACCAUUCUGUCAUGAGAUUCUGUGUUUUAUUUUAUCGUAUUGUCAAUGAUAGUGACAGGGAGUUAAAGGGAAUGUACAUCAU